AUCGAGACCAUCAACCAACUCGCGAGUUCCGCCGCCAAAGCCGUUUGGGGCGACUCCAGCACCGAAGAAACCCACAAGGAGCCCAUCUCGGGAGCUACUGGCGAUGUUUCCAAGGGCGAGCCCUAUGACGCCGGCAACUUGGGUAUGAUAACCCCUGAAAACCAGGAGCCCAGGGAUAAAUUCCAAGAUAAACCUAUGGACAAGCCUAUGGACAAGCCUAUGGACAAGCCUAUGGACAAGCCUAUGGACAAGCCUAUGGACAAAUCUAUGGACAAGUCUAUGGGCACGUCUAUGGAUAAGUCUAUGGAUAAGUCUAUGGAUAAGCCCAUGGACACAGACACAAGCACAGACGCAAACCCCGAAGAAGGAAAACCCCUCGACAAGCUCACCGGCCCCGGCCCCCGACCCGUCGAAGUCCUCGCCAAAGAGAACGGUGGAAAUGCCGCUGCCGCCGCCUCCAAUGACGCCGUCACAUCCCCCCAAGAGGACAAGAAGCCUGAACCUAGCUCUGAGCAGGAUAACAACCAGCAGAGAGAAGCCACCGAGGAAGAGUACGUCAAGGCGACGGGGCUCGCGGCCGACGGCGGGGACUUUGAUGCCGCGAAGCCUGGGGCUGGGCGAGAAGCUGAUCGCUUGAUGGAGCAAAAGGGCCUCAAGACAGACGACGACGAUAACAAGGCCAGCAGCAGCACCGGCCGCAAGAGCUCAGAUUCCGGCCGUCAUAAGGACAAGCCGAGUCUGGGGGAGCGAAUCAAGAACAAGCUGCACAGGCAUUAA